ACGCCCCUGAGCAACCAAGCGUGGCUACUCUCAGUCUGUUAGUAUCGCGCGAUGGAUUCAGAGCGUUGCGAGGAUACCUCGAGCUUGCUCUACGGCGCCGGACUGGAGGUGAAACCGCUCAGGAUGGUGUCAAGUCCCAGCUCAGGACCACGUCAUACGAUCGACAACAUACUCGGACUCGUCAAGAACAGCCAUAAGGAUAUUAAGCAGUCCAACGAGGAGAGGUCUGUUACACCUGGAAACACGGAAAGUGCAGGAGAAGGAAGCUGUAAUUCAAACGACGGCGUAUCGGAUCUGCGGUACGGCAAAAUUUCCGGAAUGGGUUGUAGCGGCUCCGAAGACGAGGGAAGCACAGUCAAUUCCGGACAUGUGGAAAGCGACAAUUGCAAGAAAAAACAUCGACGAAACAGAACAACUUUUACUACCUACCAAUUGCACGAGCUCGAAAGGGCGUUCGAGAAGAGUCAUUACCCGGACGUCUACAGCAGAGAAGAGUUAGCGAUGAAAGUCAAUUUACCCGAAGUACGGGUACAGGUAUGGUUCCAGAACAGACGAGCGAAAUGGCGACGCCAGGAAAAGAUGGAAGCAGCUCGUCUGGGUCUGAGCGAUUACCACGCGGUUUCUUCGUUGUCGCGCGUCGGCAACCCCGCCUUAGGUCUGCCCAUGGAUCCGUGGUUAUCUCCGCCUCUUCUUUCCGCUCUCCCAGGCUUCCUCAGCCAUCCGCAAACGGGCUAUCCGAGCUAUUUAACGUCUCCAGUUGCAGCACCGGACUCGACUCGACCGCCUCCACCCAUGGCCCAUUCGCAGUCCGGAAGUCUCGCGACCACGACAGAUCCCAGGAGUACCUCAAUAGCGGCCCUCAGGCUCCGUGCAAAAGAACACGUCGAAAGUAUAACGAAAGGACUGCAAAUGGUGUAGGGUGACCAUGACGAGACUGACAAUCAAGUGUACAUAAUAUAAUUUUACUUGUAGCAAUGUUGAACGAUAUCAUCAAGAUCUCAGCGGAAUCGGAAAUCGAACCACUUUUGUUUCAAAUAAAUGAACCUGCAGACAGACAUUUUAAUUAAUUUACCUGAUUAGGUAAAUAACUAAUACUACGUACAAAUCUCAGUGAUUCUUUGAGGACUAUCCUUUAUUCGAUUCUGUCGAAGGAUAAAUAAAUGUAUCGUGUCCUACACAAAUGUUAUCGACGUCCGGUUGCGUCGAUCAUGAUUGUACUAUUGAGUUGUAAAUAUUGGAUGUAAAUUUAGAUAGAUAAGCAUAAAUAUACAUAAUUACACUAAAUUGAAUGUUUGCCAAUGCUUAUAUUAGAACCAACCACGUUAUCAAUACUUUUUUGGUAUAUAAUAAUAUACUUGUGGGAACUUAACGUUACCUUUCGUUUUAUUUGAGGUUUAUUUUGGAAAGAAAAUUGCGCUACUUUUGAUAAACGAUUUUCCGAUGGAAUGUUUCUACUUCUAGAUAUUUACGUUUCGUCGUGAGCUUUGGUUUUAAAUAGUACCUAGGUAGGUACGUAAUAUCUAACUAAAAAACUAAAACCAAAUAUUAAGUUGAAAACUGGAAAACCUUAUGAUGA